AUGGCCGGGACUUGGCUGCUGCUUCUCCUGGCCCUCGAGUGUCCAGCCUUGCCCACAGGUCAUAUUUCCUUGCCUGCUUCCCCAGAGGCAACUUCUCUCCUGCGCCUGGCACAACGAGGUGUGGGUGGCACACCUUUCCCCUCUCUGGCCCCACCGAUUACACUGCUGGUGAACGGGAAGCAGCAGAUGCUGGUGGUCUGCCUGGUCCUUGACGUUGCACCCCCUGGCCUUGAGAGCCCCAUCUGGUUCUCAACAGGCAACGGCAGCGCACUGGAUGCCUUCACCUACGGCCCUUCCCCAGCUGCGGAUGGUACCUGGACUAGCUUGGCCCAGCUCUCCCUGCCUUCUGAGGAGCUGGCAUCCUGGGAAACCUUGGUCUGCCACACCGGGGCUGGGGCUAGGGGCCAGAGCCAGAGCACAGAGCCUCUACUGCUGUCAGGAGAGAUUUCUUCAGCUAGGACCUGCCUCUGGGAACCUCUUAGGGGGAUGCCCGGCCAGGCGCUGCGGCUGGGGGCGCUGCGGCUGCUGCUCUUCAAGCUGCUGCUGUUUGACCUGCUCCUGACCUGCAGACACCUCCGCACCCCGCCCGCUGCGCUGGGGCACUCGGCUGGGGAGACUCGCCUGCUGGACCCCGGCAUCUCCGCGCCGGCCCCAGGCCCGCAGCCUCGGCCACUAGCAGAGCCCGGCGCCCCCAGCAACUGGAGUCGCUGCAAUGAGAGGGGAAUCACAGGUCAAGGACAACCCCGGGCCGGCCACGCGGUUCACACCCACCCUCCCAUUCCGCGUCCAGAUUCCAGCAGGAGCUCAGGCUGGGAGGAGGGGGCGCUCUCCAUCCACCCAGCCUGGGCCCGGUGCUCAGGACCCGCGCCCACGAUCCCGGCUGUGUCUGACCUGCCUCCUCCUGCAGCCCGGAGCUUCCUGGGGGCGAGGCUGCCUCCACUCGACCAAGGCCCUUCUGAGGGAAAAGGCUGCGUGCCUUCCAUCAGACUGGGAGCCCCUUGAGGGUGGUGACAAACCCAAGCCCUGGGAUCUGAAGUGCAGAUAACUGAGGACUA